AAUUUAAAAAUUUGAUAAUAAAAAUAAUUGCGUUUCAAUAUUUUGAUCCUUUAAUGUUGCUUUCAAAAUUUUUGUCAUUGCGUAAAAAAUGAAAUUUUACUGAAAGAAAAUUGCUAGCAAUGAUGUCUUCUUCAAAAAAAUUUCGAAAAAAUAAAUUUAAAAAAAAUUAUUUAAAUCAAGACUUAUGUGACAGUUGUAGGUUAGCAAUUAACAAUGCUCAUACAAUUUGGUGUCCCAAUAAUUACUUAAAAGAUACGCACUUUGAAACCAGCUCCACUGAUAAAGGACCAAAUCCUUACAUAAAUUUUCUUAAAGAUUAUAAAAGAGAGCACAAAGAUUUAACGACAAAGGAAACUAUACGCCUUGGUGCUCAUAAAUGGAACAACUUACAUGCUGACGAUAAACUGAUUUAUAUGCAAGACGCAUUCUAUGGUAGCCUCAAAAAAAAAUAUAAUAUGCAACUCAAUAAUUUGAUUAAAAUGACAGAAUCAGAUACUGAAUUUUAUGGGAUUAACACGAAAAGCAGAAUAUUUCCAGGUAGAGGACGAAGCUCCACGUGUAUAUGUCAACAUAAGUCUACUUCAAAACGUAGUUCUUUCAUAAAACGUAAUCUUGCUACAAAAUGUAGUCGUCCUUUAAAACGUAAUUCUGUUGCAAAACGGAAAUCUCCAGCUCGCC